GUGUGUUCGGCAGUAAAACAAAUAAAGUAGAGUCAGUGUCAGUGAUGGAGGAAGAAUCUGUCACUUUACAAACCUUUGUUACUAAAAUACACGAUGAUGACGACAUACUGUGGAUAUUUGGAGCUGAAAUGUCUCUCAUAGCUAAAAUCAGCAUUGAGAACCAAAUCUUCUCAACAUUUGAUGAUGUUCAUGACGGGAGAUUCAGAGACAGACUGAAGCUGGACAAUCAAACUGGAUCUCUGACCAUCACAAACAUCACAACUCAACACGCUGGAGUUUAUAAACUAGAGAUAAACGGAGUGAAACGGUCAUCAAAAACAUUCAAUGUUUCCGUCUAUGGUCCUCUACCCACUUCUGACAUUACCAGAGAUUGUUCAUCAUCAUCAUCAUCAUCACAUUGUUCACUUGUGUGUUCAGUGGUGAAUGUGGGUCAUGUGACUCUCUCCUGGUACAAAGGAAACAGUUUAUUGUCCAGCAUCAGUGUGUCUGAUCUCAGCAUCAGUCUCUCUCUACCUCUGGAGGUGGAAUAUCAGGAGAAAAACAGCUACAGCUGUGUGAUCAACAAUCCCAUCACAAACCAGACCACACAUCUGAACAUUACUGAACUCUGUCAGCCAUGUCCUGAUCAGGGCUUACCUUUAUUUUACACAGUGCUGAUUCCUUCUGCUGCUGGAUGUCUGUUGAUUUUUUCAGUCGUGAUCUGCUGCAUUUGCAGGAAAUGUAGAAAAACAGCUCUGACCCAAGAGGAAGACAGAACUGAUUCAGCAUUGUGUAAACCAGCAACGCGAAAAACGGUAAGAACAUUAUGUUUUGCAAAAAGACGUGUUGCAGCCAAGCUGAUUGAAGUUUGCAGCAUCAGACGGUCAGUGAGCAGACGUGGGUGGACUAUCGGCCGACCGUUACCUGCAGAAGACAUCACUUCAAAAGAAUAGUUUAAGAAAGUUUUUUUUUUUUUUUUUUGUGCUGUGUACACUAAGCCUGUGUACUUUGUUCCUCAGUCUAGGUUUUUCCAUUAUAAUCAGUGAAGUUGCUUCAUUAUGCAUCUUUACUUUAGGAACAGCCAGUUUAUAUUUUUUUGACCUGCUGCUGUCUAAUGGAAAUUAUAUUUAAUUACACAUAUCAUGAUUUAGGUAACCUGUAACCUACAUGUAAAACUGUUACAAAGCCAGCACCUGAUGUGUUUGUGGCCUACUAAUUUAAAUCAUGGUUUGUUUAAAAACAUAUCUAAACAGGCCCUACAGAUAUAUUAGUUUGUCACACUGAAAUAUCCUUUACAAAGUCAGUUUUCUACCAUUAGAUUUGCACAGUAAGGAAAGAAGAACACAAAGCUGUAACCUGUGCAUUGACACAAGCUGCAGUUGCUCUGCGGUUCAUGAUCAUCUGAGGUAAAAUGCAGAUUUAGCAGGCAUUGGUUGGUUUGUAGACGAGCUACAGCAAGUACCUUUGGUGUUGUGUUUGUGUGAAAAACAAUGAUUCAAAGCCAUUUUGCUGUUGUGAGAAACCUUAAGAAUUUGUGAUGAAGAUUUUUUGACAUCAUAUCCUCUUGCUGGUGUACAGUAUAUUAGCUUAUGUUGUUGCACAUUAAAAAUACAAUCUUAACAUACAAGAUCAACCUAACCCAUGGCAUUGUUUAAAUUUAGUACCCUUUCAUGAUCGAGAUGAAAACAUCCACUAAAUUAAACU